CUAAUUCAAACUUGCCGUCACAUCUCAAUUAACGAACCUAGGCGAGAUGGCGACGGGCGAGGCGCUGCUGGCGCAGCUCUCGAGUCUCUUCCAGCAAGACCCACUCAUGUACGUGUUGAUGGGACGCUUCUCUGUUAUCUUCAUCUAUUGUAUGCAUCCGUACUCCCGCCUAACUCGCGUCAUCCCGUCCGAACUUCCACUAGUGAUGAGGUGGGGCUGCUUUUCGGCAUCGAGCCGAGUGACCUGACGCCUGAAACUGCCUUCUUCCUGGAAAACCACAAGCUUGGUGUAGCCUUUGCGGCUGGAAUCCCGCUAUUCCAUGCUGCCCGUACGCAGUUCCAUCCGCUGAACAAGCUCUUGCAGCAAGAGGCAGCCGAAAUCAUGCAGUCUAAGGACAGCGACCGUCGCGUCCAGCUGUUGCAUUGCACGCGGGCCAUCCUUCUUAUCAGCGCUGACUUCUACACAGCAUGGAACACUCGGAAGUCGUUCGUAACCCGUGGCUGGCUGGACGCGCUGGAGGAGGUGCAAUUCACUAAUUUGGUGUUUACACUGCAUCCGAAGAGUAUUGAUACGUGGGCUUAUCGACGCUGGCUGGCUAUUCGACUGUGUGGGUCCCUCUCUGAAGACGAACUCCGAGUGUUUUUCGCGCAACAGAUCGAGGUUUGUCGUCGACUGGCUGAGCAGAAACCUCGGAAUUAUCAUGCGUGGAGCUUCCGUCAUUGGAUCGUGUCUCGACUUCCGCUGGAUCUCGUGCAGAAAGAGCUCGAGGACAUGGAGCGUUGGUGUAGAACACACGUAACUGAUCACUCGGGAUGGAACCAUCGUCAACACACAUUGAAUGAGCUGGUGAAGAAGCAUCGAGACUCCGGUGAGGUGGAUGUACCGCAGAAUUUGGUUCUUGCAGAGUACAAGUUCGUGUCAAAAAUCGUGGCCCAGUACCCGACGCACGAGGCGCUGUGGUGUCAUCGUCGCUAUGUGAUCCAGUACUUGCUGAACGAAGCUGCAAGGAAACCCAUCAAUGAAGACCCAGCAUCGUCGGAGGAGCUAACGUCUCGACUGGCUGGGACUCUCUCAGAUUCUCCAAGUGAGAAUGUAGCACUGAGUGAAUUGUGGGAUGGGACUUUCAAGAUAUUGUGCAGCAAUGCGGGCGAGCGUUUUGCGGUGUUCUAUGCUAUCGUUCAAGAGAUUGAGACUGCUUGGAAGUGUGGAAAUCAGUUCUCUCGCCGGUAUGCAGCCUGGUGUCUUGCGCGGCUUCAUGUGUUCUUGCAAGGCAGACGGACAACUGAUGAGAAGAUUCAACAUGAAGUAUUGGCACGUGAUCUCAGCUCUUUGGCGUCGAGCAUGCAACAGCAUUUAGUCCAAGAAGAUAGCGUGUUAGAAGAUUUGUGGAUUGGCGCAUUAGGAAGCCUGCACAUGGGUUGAUGAAUGAAACGGUACCAACUUUAAGACUUUAUUGGUGCGAGCUGAUGAAUUGAUGACAUGCAAGUUUAAACGCAGCUCCCCACGUGUCAAAGCAGAAACAGAAAGUGGCUGUGAUUCUGUGUAAGCCGACUAACCGGCUUACGAGACAGCUGGCGCGGCGUCGCUUUGCACACCCUCCGAAUGAUUUCGAUGUUCAUGAGGUGAUAGUGGCACUGGAGCUACUGGAGUAGGCUAAAUGAUCAGUAUUGUGGUGAGCUGAAAAUUAUCUUCGUGCGAAUAAAGGCACUGGUCUCAACUCCGUUGGCUACGACCUGAGAAUCUUUCUUAACUAAAAUGCACGAUUACCUUAAUUUCAACAGCUUAAAGUUCACAUGAGACGAGCUAAAAA